AUGGCAGAGAGGCUGAAAACCGAACAGAUGACUGAACCCUCGAGUAAUGACACACCAAGUACAAGUGGUCAAACAUCGAGGCAAACACUUGGAUUCGAUGACGUCAUCAUCAAAGUAGCAAAAGCCAUAUCAGAUGAUGGUGAUGUAAGGAGACUUGGUCUUGAGCUGGGAGUCCAGACUCCUGAUAUCAACCGGGCAUUGGAGACGAAUUGGGCUGGAGGUAGAAAGACCAGUAAUGGUAAUGUGAUGCUGCUUCAGAAUUGGGCAGAGACGGUCAAACCAUCCAAGCAACUUCCCAUGCUUAGAGCUGCUCUCCAGGCGGUGGGCUUCAAAGAAAUAGAGGAGACGUGUCUGCAAGGAAAAGGUGAACACGGUGAGAUGCCUGACGAAGUACAACGAUUAAGAGAGAAGUUAAAGGCUAGAUAUAUCGAAGAAUUUAGCGAGGUCAAAGUAUCUCCUAUGGACCCCGAGUCACGCACUUGGCUGCAGCAUAUCUACGUCAGUCUCAUUUUAAUGUUAGGAUGUAAAAGAGAUCAGAAAGAAGAAAUUCGAUAUGAGGAUCUGUUCAGUUUCAUUCAAGAAAAGACCGAGAAAGGAUUCAUAACACGGUUAGCCUUUCUUGGAGAAGCUGGUGUGGGCAAAUCGACAUUAUUUGCAAAAAUAGCCCUCGAUUGGGCGAUGGGUAAAUGUCUCCAAGAUAUCACUCUUCUCUUUCACGAAUCAUUUCGAGACAUAGAAGAUAGCUCCAUCUUUGGUGAUAUCGUUAUGAAUCAUUUUCCAGAUGACACAGAGAUUAACGGGGAAUGGAUUGAUAAAUACAUCAAGGAGAAUCAAAGGAAGGUCCUGAUCUUACUGGACGGACUGGACGAAGCUAAAAUGGACAUGAAAUGUCCAAACCGUAAACUUGCUAUCGUCUCGAUCGCAAGAAGGGAGAGAUUCAUUAACACAUCCGUUCUCAUUAGUUCACGUCCUUUUGGAGCUGAUCAAAUCAAGAGCAUUCCGAAAAUCCAUGAAAAGUACUCCUACAUUCUUGUUGAGGGUUUUACGAAGGAAAACACAAAUGAAUACAUCAAACAGUAUUUCAAAAAUGACACAGCUUCUGCAUCCAGUCUCAUCCACUUCAUGAACACUAACAGUGUAGUUUCUGAGUAUAUGGCACCAUUCCCAAUCUUUUGCUGUAUGCUGUGUUACAUGUGGGAAGUAGAAUCUAAGCGCAAAACAACUGAGAAGCUUCAAACAAUCUCCCAACUAAUGAAAGAGAUUGAUUUCGCUCUGAGGGAACAAUAUUCUUCAAGAUACACUGACAGAGAGGGAGGGUAUCAAUGCCAUAUGGAGAAGGCUGUUGAAGCCAUUACAAAGGUUGGUCGUGUGGCCUUCGAGGGGUUGCUGAAAAAUCAGCUCAUCUUCACCAAAGAGGAAAUUGAAGCCUGCGAUGAGGCUGCAGCAGUAGCAUGUCAGGUUGGGAUUCUGAGUGGGAAAAAAAGGUUGGCCUCAAAGGAAAUCAGACAACAAGAGGGAAAGCAGUUCGUUCAAGAGUUCUGUUUCCCUCACAAGCUACUGCAGGAACACACCGCAAGCCUAUACCUUGCAUCGCUGUAUAACCACAAUCGUUCGGAAUUCAACAGAAUCUUGACACACAAUCUGUUAAAGGACUACAAGGCAUUAGAAUAUGUCUUGUACUUCACUGCAGCUCAUGGAGGUGAAGUAGGAAAGUCGGUCCUGGAAGCCCUAUGCAAGAACGUUGAUGACACGAAGUUCAUCAUUCAGUGUGCUUUUGAAUGUCAUGAUACAAAAGUCAUUGGUCCCGUCAAGAACCUGUUGAAUACGGAGACACGUCUUAGGUUAUCUACUGAUACGCAUUCAGUUUCAAUCACCGCUUUAUUCUCCACACUGGAACCAAUAGGGAAGGAAGUAAUAAGAAGAAGUUCCUCGAUUCGUGAAACAUUGGGUGUUAGUGAGUCCUUCGAAGGUAACGCAUCAUUGUCUGAUGUAGCAGCAGCAGUAGGACUGUUUACAUUGCAGAACUUACGAGGGUUGGUCAUUGACAUGUCCCUGGAUGACAAAUUCUACACAGGAAUGUCUGCUGCAGCUUCACAGUCCAAGAUUGAGGAGCUAACGCACUGUGACGCAGAUCUGGGUACUGCUUCAUCCUCUCAUUACGCAAGAGGUCUCUGCUCUAUGCCAAAUCUUCGAUCACUGGAGCUAUACCGUGUGAAGAUGAGUGAUGAGUUCUACUCAACGAUGGCCACUGUGGCAUCAAACUCAAAGAUAGAGCAGCUACAGCACACGAUCGCAAAUCUGGGUUCUGCUGCAUCCUCUCAUUACGCGAGAGGUCUCUGCUCUAUGCCAAACCUUCGAUCACUGAAUCUGGGCUUUGUGGAGCUGAGUGAUGAGUUCUACUCGACGAUGGCCGAUGAGGCAUCAAAAUCAAAGCCGGCCUGCAUCGUCCAGUUCUUGCAGCAUUAUUUCAAGGUCGUUUAA